AUGGCGGAUCAUGACCCUGCGAGCCAGGCGCCAGCUUGCAAAAUAGAGCCUCGCUCCAGCCCAGAGCCUGGCCGAACAAUCUCUCGUCCAGAAGGUAGUAGUCCGGGUCGUCCAAACCGCACGCAUCCGUCGAAGCAGCCUGCAACCUCGGCAAGGCAGAAGCCUCCCAAGCCUCCCCCCCGUCGACGUCCUCGCUUGGCUGUCAACAAACGCAAGGAGACGGCAAAGCAGGCAAAGUUGCAGGAGCUCCUACUUGCGAGGGUCGCCAAUAUGAAGUUCAGCCCCGAGCCAUCCCCCAGCAAACCCGGCUCGGAGAGCAUUGCGACUCAUAUGGGAGGCUCACAAGCCGUCCAGAAGCCCGAGCCGGCCAGCGAUACCGCUGCGCGCCCUCAGCUGCCCAGACGGUUCCCCGUCAACGGCACUGUCUCUUCGUCUCUGAUCCCUGACCAGCGCCAUCCAAUUAUGAGCGUUGCCGAUCCCAACUACGGCCGCCUGUCACCUCCACGCUUCGACGUCGCGCAAGGCUUUCAUGUCAGCAGACAGAAUCUCGCAAACGCCCCCGCGAACGGUGUCGCCCUAUCCCAGAGCCAUGACAUGACCAAGGUCAACCAUGGCCUCCCGGCUGUUCCGAGGCCUACACAGACUCACUACCUUCCGCCCGUACCUCGGGCUAGGGUUGGCGUUAUAGGCCCGGGAGCUCAGAGAGGGGUUAGUGUUGGAAGCCCCACGCCUCACACAGGCAUCCAGCCCAUCGCGGCGGUCGAACCCAUUGACUCCAAUCGGGAGGCGCCCGUGAAGGCCGAGAAGAGUGGGAUGGCCAAUUCUGAAGAGCCAUCGGAUCAGGCCGAGAGGCCCGAGGAGCCAGAGCUUCACUCAAUUCCCACGAUGCUGUCGCGCGAGUGUCAGAUGCGUAGGUUCAACCCCAAAUUCACUGAGCGGAAAAAUGCCCGGGGCUUCUGGUGUGAUCUCCAUCUCCCCGGCGGUAAGAUGGUCAGCAAUGAUGAGGCCAGUCUCUCCUCAGCUGCGGCCAAGAUAGAGUGCGCAAGGAAGGCCAUUCCCGUGGUGCGGGAGUUGCCUAUGUGGUACAUGGACAGCUUACCACGGGCAUUUCGCGGAGGCAAGUCUCCGCGAAAUAAGACGGUGUCAGCGCGGGAAAUUCCCACAAUGUCAAACGCCCUCGUCUUGCGGAACGGGACCAAUGGCAAUCAGAUGGUCGUGGCGGACACGCCCUCAAGGGGCUAUGGUGACCCUUCUUGGCCUGUCCGGCUUGACGCAAGGGAAAGCAAGAUUCGCAAGAUGGAGGAGACCAUGGGGUUUCUUAUCCCACCUGUCUAUCGAGAGAGCGAAGUCGCUGCUCAGGCGUUCCUGGCGGGGUUCACAGUGGCCAGGCAGGACGCUGAGUCUGGCCCCAGCCCCGCGGGAUCCGGCCGUCGAUCCCGAUCUCGCCGUGAGCGCUCCCCGAUCCGAGCCGCACUGGAUAGCCCUGAGGCUUCCCGGCCUCAGACCAGAGCGGCCGGCCGCUCCGACCGCCGCGCCCGAUCCAAGUCUCCGAGCCUAGACGUCGGGAGCAGCAGUGCUAAAACCCCAACGCCGUCGCGUCGCGGGAGAGGCGACUACUACUGCCCACUCGGCCCCCGCCGGCCCUCGGAUAAUUAUCCAGCAGGCAACGGAACUACUGACCACUACCGCCCUUGA